AUGGGGUCGAAAGCCAAGAAGGCCGGCAACAAAUACUCUCAGCCUGAACUAUCAGAUGACGAGCAACCACAACAACCUCAAGAUGGUGAACAAAUAGACGCCGAGGCAGCCCCUGCCGAGGAGGGGUCCAAGGGGCCCUUGUCCAAGAAAGACAAGAAGAAGCUCAAGAAGAAGCAGAAGAAGGCAGAGAAGGCUGCAGGACCGCAGAAUGACACACCAGCAUCGGCACCAGCACCAGCACCUGCAGAUGCCGAGGCCGAGACGGCGGCCCCAUCUGAGCCCGCACAAGAGCCGGAAGUAAAGGUCGACGCUGAAGCUGAGCCCGAGAGCAAGGCGGACGCUGAGCCCGAGAGUAAAGCGGAAGCUGAGCCUGAGGCCGCAGGCAUGGUUGAGUCCGACGGCAAAGCAGAUGCUACAGCUCAAAGUAAAGCAGAUGCCCAGCCCGAGGAGAAGCUGGAUGCCGAGUCCAAUCCUGCGGAAUCAUCCGCAGCACCUGAUCAGCCUCCUGAAACAGAGGUAGCGCCCGAAAAUGACGUUCCUGCUGUCGAGUCUGGAGAAAAGGUAGACACUGCGUCGGAACCGAAGGUCGUCGCGGAACCGGAGCAGAAGGCAGACGUCGAGCCAGAACCGACAACACAACCGGAGCCACAACCCGAGGAGGCGUCGGAAGCGACAAAAUCAUCAGAGCCUGACCCAGAGCCCACACCUGAAACCACAAAAGAGCUAGAGCAACCGACACCAACCCCGCCAGAACCGGCUUCCGACCCAGCAACUGCUGUUGCCGCCGAGGAAGAAGCGGUUGAGGCCACCUCUUCCGGCAAGAAGAAGAAAAAGAAGAAGAAGAAGGGCAAAGGAGGCGACAUAGCCCAGGAGGCUCCAGCACCCACACCGGCAGAGGACACCACCAAGGCGACAGAGGAAGCUGCCGAGAAGGAGGCCGCCGAAGCCGCCGCUAAGGAAGCUGCCGAGAAAGAAGCCGCCGAGAAGGAGGCCGCCGAAGCUGCCGCUAAGGAAGCAGCCGAGAAGGAGGCUGCAGAAAAGGAAGCUGCGGAAAAGGAAGCUGCUGAGAAGGAAGCUGCUGAGAAGGAAGCCGCUGCCGCUAAGGAGGCUGCCGAGAAAGAAGCUGCCGAGAAAGCUGCUGCCGAAGCUGCUGAGAAGGAAGCUGCUGAGAAGGAAGCCGCUGAAGCCGCCGAGAAAGAAGCUGCCGAGAAGGAAGCCGCCGAGAAGGAGGCCGCCGAGAAAGCUGCUGCCGAAGCUGCUGAGAAGGAAGCCGCUGAAGCCGCCGAGAAGGCUGCUGCCGAAGCUGCUGCUGAAGCCGCUGAGAAGGAGGCUGCCGAGAAAGCUGCUGCUGAAGCUGCUGAGAAGGAAGCCGCUGAAGCCGCCGAGAAAGAAGCUGCCGAGAAGGCUGCUGCCGAGAAAGCUGCUGCCGAAGCUGCUGCCGAGAAAGCUGCUGCCGAAGCUGCUGCUGAAGCCGCCGAGAAGGAGGCUGCCGAGAAAGCUGCUGCCGAAGCUGCUGAGAAGGAAGCCGCUGAAGCCGCCGAGAAAGCUGCUGCCGAAGCUGCUGAGAAGGAAGCCGCUGAAGCCGCCGCUGAAGCCGCCGAGAAAGCUGCUGCUGAAGCUGCUGAGAAGGAAGCCGCUGAAGCCGCCGAGAAGGAGGCCGCCGAAAAGGAAGCCGCUGAAGCUGCCGCUAAGGAAGCUGCCGAGAAGGCUGCUGCCGAGAAAGCUGCUGCUGAAGCUGCUGAGAAGGAAGCCGCUGAAGCCGCCGAGAAGGAAGCCGCUGAAGCUGCCGCUAAGGAAGCUGCCGAGAAAGCUGCUGCCGAAGCUGCUGAGAAGACUGCUGCUAAAGAAGCUGCCGAACAGGAAGCCAAAGAGGCAGGGGAGACUGCUAAAGAUGAACCUGAGGAGCCUGUGCCAACCGGCAGCAAAAAAAGCAAAAAGAACGACAAGAAGAAGGCCAAGAAACAGGCUAAGAAAGCUGCCGAGAAGGCUGUUGAAGUUUCUGAAGAACCUGCGAAGGCAGAUUCAGAGGUGGACGGGAAGGACCUCGUGAUCGCCGCGACACCAGCUGGUGCAGCUGACAUCGCAGGUGCUGCUGCGGCCUCCGAGUUGCCCGAAGAUGCUGAACGUUCUGAAUCAACCAAAGAGGCUACUGCCUCUGAUGAGCCCGUCAACACCGCCGCCCCCCCCGACGACAAAGCCCAGGAGCCUGAUUCGCCGGACAAACCAUUGAGCGACGCAGAGGUAGCCACUGCCGAGUCGAUGCCAGCAGGCGCCAACGAUUCGACGGCUGUUCCGGAUGCUGGGGUUGUUGAAGAACAUCCGGAGGACUUGGUUGAAGAGCCCAAGGAGACAACGCCUGAUGCGCCAACUGCCGAUGACCAAACUCGAGAAGCCUCGAAAGACGACAGUGGUGACGUUGACUCCUCCGGCGUGGAUGCUGCCAAAUCCGUCGAGCCCUUAGACUCCGAGGCAAAGGCGGCGACUGAGUCCGAACAGUCAGUGGACGAAGUUGCGAAGGACGAUGAUGCAGCUGUCAACGCGCAGCUCAAGGACGCGACCGUCGAUGUCGACAUAGGCGCGGAAGAGGCGCAGCCAGAGUUGUCAGGACAAACCUCUGACUCCCUUGAUGCUCCAAAUCAGGAACCGGCACCAACUACAGAGGCGAAUGUGGAAGAGCCAGUCGUAACGGAGGAAGCUACUGAUAAAGACGUGGUGGCUGUGGUAGCCGAUGAAGAGAAGGCCGCGCCUGUGGGCGUAGAGGAGGACAUCGACAACACCGAGUCUAGGCCCACUGACGCCACGGCUACAGCUGGCAAAGAUCUCGAAGACAACCUGGAUUCAGCUUUGGAGGAUCGCACUCCUAAACAAGACGAGUCUGAGUUGAGUAAUUCAGAGGCCAAGGUCGAGGAAAGCCCAAAUCAGCAGAAGCACGAGGAUCUUGACACUGUAGAGGAGACGACUGUCGACGACCAUGCUGCCGCUGACAAGCCUGAAUCAGCGGUGGACAAUCCGGAGCUAGAUACGACUGAGCCUUCUCUUGUUGGUGAUCAUAGUCGCGAGGCCGAUGCACCCAGCUCUAAAUCUCCGGAAGCGCCCGAGGCUUCUUCUGAAGCCGAUGAGCUUUUGGAUGAGGGGCCAGAAGCCACGGAGGACACAACGGAUACCACAGUUGCAACUGCAGACUCUGACAACAGAAAAGACGUCGUUGCUCAGACGACCGAAGAGCCUGUUACAACUGAAUCCGUGAGUCUCCCCAAGGCUGACAGCAUAGCAGAACCAGCAGUGGACACGCCAGACAUCGAGGAGCCUACUCAGGACAACAUGAAUACGUCAUCUAUGACAGACGGCGUUGCUGAAGACAAGGAGCAGGACGCUGCCGAGGCUCCUGAGGCAGAGUCUGAAGCACCUGUAGUGCCUACUGAGGAUACCUCUGAUUCUAAGGAAGGCCCCACAAUGGCCGCCGAGGACGAUACAGGAGCCACCAAGGCUGAGGCUGGAGAAGUUGCCGAUGAGGCUGCAGUUGCGGUAGCCGCAGCACAAGAUGACGCCGCCGCCGAAGCGUCACCUGCUGCUGGUGCUUCCGACUCAGCCAAGGCUACUGAGGCUGUCGACAUGUCUCCUGAGCUAUCUUCUGAACGGACCCCUGCACCAGAGCCAGGACAAGACGAAGACGUGGACGAUAAUGUCAAGCCCUCAGACCUGGAGACGCACGUCUCCGAGCCAAAGCACGUCGAGACUGAUAUAGAAAAGGAAGUUCAGGACUCUGAGGAGCCCCAGGCUGCUGAGCCGGCUGAACCAAUCGUUGACCAAGAGACGCCUAUGGAAGCAGUUGAGCCGAGCGCCAAAGCUGUGUCGGAUAUUGAUGCGCAGCCUGAAGUCGAGCCCCAGGAAGCCGGGGCGGACGCGGUUGAACAUGCGCAAGCGCCGGCGGAACCAGCAGCGCCAGUCGAACCCGCUGAACCAGAGGGCAUUCCCGCCACCAGCGCUGUCUCUGCAGUUGAGCCCCAACCCGAGGCGGAAGAGCGAGCAGCGCCCGCACCCGAGCCCGCACCCGAACGCGAGGCCUCCAAGGGGCCCGAGAAGGUGGAGAAGCACGACUUGGUUGGGAAGUUGAAGCCCGUGACGGACAAGGUCGUUGAGAGGACCAGGAAAGGUGAGGAAGAAGACCUUUCAUUACGUGAUGAUACCCAUUUGGAAUUCUUGCAGGAGGAUGUGGUGGUGGACAAUGUAGCUGACGCCCAGGCAAGGAGUGGUGAUGGCAUUCUGUCUCUGCGUUCUGGCGGUCUCUCUGCAAUUCGCGACGAGCAGGAUAAGCCUGGUCUGGUCGUGAGGACUUGUCGAGGGGAUACGGGGCGGGAGGCAGUGGGCGCAACUGAUUUCGGGCUCGCCACUACGGACGACUCGAGCCAGACUGUGCAAGGCGACGUGGACGACGGCAAUGCGCGAGAUGGGGGAAUCGAGCACGACACAUCCGACCUAGCGAAAGGCUAUUACCUGCAGCAGCGAGUCAAGCUUCACCUGGCAUAUCCGAGCGAGCGCAUCAAGGCGGAGUCUCCGAAGCACCUGUGGCAGAACAGCGGCCCAGACUGGCUCAUUCGAGCACGCAAACAGACGAGGAGUCUUUCAACCGCCACAGCAGACUGCCGCCUACUGCGACUGAGCCUCACCCUUCGGCACAAGAAGAAGCUGUCUGUCCGCGCAGCCGAGGAUACGCUAGCUGCUGCCGUGGUGAUCUUUGCCACUGCCGAAGUGCUCAGCCCACCCUCCAGCCCACCACUCUUGAGCAGUCCCCGGAGUGAUGGGGGCUUGCCGAACUUUGAAGUCUCCUUGAAGCAUGGUUCACCACCCAACUGCAGAGAAACCGCCGCCGCUCCCCAGUGGUCCAUAGGAUCGGAGGAUGGAGAGGAAGCUGUUUACACUGAAGAUGAAGGUCUUCCAAAGUCAGCUGCUGACUUGUAUACAGACGAUAGGCACAGAGACCCAAGCGACAGAGAGCGUGAGAAGCGUCGUAGUCGCCGCCACUCUCACCAAUCGGCACACUCUGGCAGAAGUCGCGGGGAAGAGGAGCCCAAGGAGAGCCGAAAGCGGUCGUCGCACACCUCGCAUGGCACGGCCCACCCUUCAAUAAGCUCGCAACGCAGCCAGCGCCGGCGUGCAGAGGAUCCUGAGUCUGGCACGCGCACGCCCCCACGGCGACGCGACAGUGGUUACUCUGGUGACAGUCCCGGCAGUACUGGCCGUCGGCAUCGAGAGCGUGCCGAGACGUUACCCGACGAGCAGGACGCGCGCGAAAGACGCAGGGCUGAGCGCAAAGCUAGGGAAAAGGAAGCUGAGCGACGCGAGGUCCUCCGGUCGAGAGAGGCACAGCGACGCGAGCAAGACGACACGGAGCGUCGUCGACACCGAUCUUCCCGACGACAGAGCCAUUCUAGCUAUCAAGCCAGACCCGAGCCGCCCAGGGACGUCCCCAUUGCCGAUGACGAUCAACUCCCCGAGAAAAAGUUCUUCGAUAUCAAGAACGCUGAAGGCGUCUAUGGCGACGGUACCAUCCGCCCGGGGUCACUGCGAAGUGUGUCGACGACUCGAGAAGAGGUGCACGCACCCACCACCGAGCCAUACAUCCGCCCACCACCCACCCGGGCGGAGUCGUCGAGGAGGAAUACAACGUCUCGUUCCAAGGCUGGCUCCAGUCGGCGCUCGACCGACGAGACGCGCCCAAAGUCAAGCAAGUCACGGGAGGAUUCCUACGCUGGCUCGUCGCACAAGUCGCGGGCCCCACCGGAGGACGCUGCUCGCAAGGCAAGGCACCAGGAGCGCAGGAGGGCGAAGGAGGAGGAGAAGAAACCGACCGGCAUUAAGGCCGCCUUCAAGCGGAUCUUUGCCUCGUGA